AUGAAAGACAAACUGGCAUCUGUAUCUUUGAUUUUAUUUCUACAAAUAACAAUCGGAUCCAGUUAUAUGACGUGGAAACAAUGUAAUAAUAAUGUGGAUGAUAUUAAACUGCUCAAUCUCACCGUUCAUCCAGAUCCAAUUAUAGCUCCUGGGUCCGUUUCUAUUACAAUUACCUUUCACACUGAAAGUAAUUUAACUACUCCACUAAAGGCAGUGAUAUCAUUAAGAAAGAAGAUACUUAUCGGAUAUUUUCCCGUUCCGUGUACUAGUAUUGGUUCAUGUGUGUACGAUGAUCUCUGCACUUUUUGUGCACAAUGUAAUUGUUCUGUUCAGAUGGGAGAGCAUACAUUUACGCUUCCUAUUACAAUCGGAUCUGGUUCUUGGAUGCUUUCUGGAAAUUAUCAAGCGCAGAUUGAUUUGAUAACCGGUUCGGGGCAGAAGCUCUGCAUUGCAAUUAAUGACAUAUCCAUAAAAACGAAAAAAUAA